GCUUGAUACAGAGUCUGAGAAAGAGAGCGAAAGGGAGACCUAGAGGCUGCCAUGUCCGUCCUCAAUGCAGUACCGUUCAUGAAACCAAUCCACAUUCGGUCACCUCACCAGAGACGGCACACACUGCCUGCCAGUGAAUUCCGUUGCCUUUCUCCAGAAGACGCAGUCAGUGUUUUUGAAAUAGAGAGAGAAGCCUUUAUAUCUGUGUCCGGGGAAUGUCCCCUUCAUCUGGAUGAAGUUCGACAAUUCCUGACCCUGUGCCCCGAGCUGUCACUGGGAUGGUUUGAAGAGGGGAGACUUGUGGCAUUUAUUAUCGGCUCCUUAUGGGAUCAGGACAAGCUCAGUCAGGAUGCCCUCACCCUGCACAAGCCCCACGGUUCUUCUGUCCACAUUCACGUCCUUGCCGUACAUCGCACAUUCCGGCAACAAGGCAAGGGCUCCAUCCUGCUGUGGCGUUACCUGCAAUACCUGCGCUGUCUGCCUUUUGCACGGCGGGCCGUGCUCAUGUGCGAAGAUUUUUUGGUUCCCUUCUACUCCAAAUGUGGCUUCAAAGCUGUGGGGCCAUGUGACAUUACCGUCGGACCCAUGGCUUUUAUCGAGAUGCAGUGUCCGGUCAGAGGCCAUGCCUUUAUGCGUAGAAAUAGUGGAUGCUAGCCCCCUUCACUUCAAACUCCAAGGCCAUUAAUUCCUUUGCUUAUCAAAUGUUGUCACACAUUGCAGCGCAAUAUGAUUCAACCUCUGUGCUACCAAAGGGAUUAAUAAACUCAUCGCAGGGGCUGUCCUUAGCAUUCCAUUCAUCGAAAGCUUAAGGUAUGUAAAGCCAAAAUCAAUUUUUUUAGUACGGUUGGCAUAAUGCCUCACUGUGUAGUUUUC